CAAUGUAUGUAUGUAGGAGCGAAAUGCUGAGCUAUUUUGAUGGAAACAUCCACUGCCAGUAUAUGUGUGCAGGCUUCACUGCUGGCUCAGGAAUGUUGGCAUCAAGUAUGCAGUCCUGACAGACAGCUGCACUGCAGUGGCGUUUUUAACAUGCCAGACCAGGACCCAAGUGUGCUGGAGGCUCUAAAGAAAAUCAGAAACUGCAUCAAAAAAUGAGAGGACAAUUGUACUAACUUCACCGUGGUGCCAGGUUAGACACAGAUAAAUCAUCCGUUUGAAUUUCUCCAUAGGGGUCUUAGAGGUCAGAAAUGAGUGAAUCAACCUUUGUAAUAAAAUGUGUAAAGUUCACUUUCACAAGUUAUAUGGAAGUUAAAGAAGGCACACAGCCUGUUCAACAUGAUCCUAGGGAAUACUGCACUGAUUAAACCAAUGACUUACUGACUCACUAUAUUCUGAAGUCUGUGAAUAAACUGCUCCUUUAUUCACACAAACUUGAAACACUUGAAACGUUAAUCUUUCUCAAUAGCCUCUUUAUCCCCACGUGUUUAGUGUUAUUUCUACCCUCAGCCAUUUCACCUCAUCAUACAACCACAGUAUUCAUUACACUAGGUGUAUCCCGAUCGCCUGGUUGUCCUGUUUAUUUUGUACAUGUUCAGCCCCGCCCUGCAGACGCGCUGAUAUCACGCAGUUGCGUAAUUUGACAAGCCAGCGCAAAAUAGGGAGAAUGAACGUUUGACAGCUGGCUCUUUGCUCGUACAGAUUGUUUCGAAACAAAAUAAUACAUAUGCUUAAUUUAUUUGUUAAAGAUUUCGGAUAGUUAGACAGUACUACCUCUGCUUUUAUGGCCGCUGCCGUGAGGAAUAAUGUUUGGGUUGCUCCGGGGCAGGACGCUCAGUUUCUCCAUAAAACCACCGCACUACUGACAGCCGACGGACUGAGAGGUGAAGAUCAUGGACAAGUGCUCUAUAACACGAGGGAUGCCAUCCCGGGAACUUCCUCUUUUCAUGAUUACAAUUUGGGUAAAUCAGAGAUGGACAGCUACCUGUCUCCGCACCCACAGGACAAUUCCAAAACGUUAUGCAGGGACAGUGCUCUGAUCCUAGAGCCACCUUUCACCGAGGACUUUGCCUCGCCUUACAGCGUCAACAUGAGCCUGCUCCUUCCUGAUGUCACAUACCUGCAACCUGGUCUCUGCAGGACUAUGAGACAGAUCAAAACAGAGCCGUCACACUCUCUGAUGCACCCCACCUGUCAGGGCAACAGAGUGCCACCAGCUCUUCCAGAAUACCCUGGUGUUUUUAGUGGGGCUGACACUGCUAGCGGUAAUUUUUUCAUUAAACAAGAAGUGCCAGAUUUCCAGGAUGUUCCCCUGUUUCAGCUUUUGAACUCUGACUUGGAGCAGCUCAUUCAUGGGUCACAGCUGAACUCCAUCCCCAUAGCCCCAUUAAGUCUUCCUAUUGGGGACGUCCAUGUAGGCCCAGCGCAGAAUUCUUCCAAACCCACAAGCAGUCCUCAGAAUGAAUGUUUUCCAUUUAAUCGACACUUAGGCCAUCAGCAGAGACCAACCUAUUUGCCACCUUCUCCGCCGAACUCUGAGCCCUCAAGUCCAGACAGGAAGAAGGAGCUCCUUCACAAUCUGUCCCCGCCUCCCUCCUACCAAGCCAGCAUCGCCUCUAAGUUAACUUUUCAGAGCCAUACUCCCAUUGAUCCAGGACAGACUUCUAGUGUAGCUCCAAUCCAAAGCCCAGACCAGAAUUCCAAUGUUGGAUUAGUCCAAAGCCCAAGUGCUGGACCAGUCCAGCGUUCAACCCUGACACCAGUGCAGACGACACCGGGUGUUGGCCCACUGUGCCCAGUGUUAGCCCAGUCGGCUCCAUUUAAGUACAACAGAAGGAGUAAUCCUGAUCUGGAGAGACGGCGGAUUCACCACUGUGAUGUCCCAGGGUGCAAGAAAGUAUACACCAAGUCUUCUCAUUUAAAAGCCCAUCUACGGACCCACACAGGAGAGAAGCCAUACCAGUGUUCCUGGGAGGGAUGUGAGUGGCGCUUCGCCCGUUCUGAUGAGCUGACUCGCCAUUUCAGGAAACACACUGGGGCAAAGCCUUUCCAGUGUGGUGUAUGUAACCGCUGUUUCUCCCGCUCUGAUCACCUGGCCCUACACAUGAAGAGACACCAGAGCUAGAAACCCUCUAAUGCAAAUCAAGUCAAUCUUUUUAUUUUUCAGACAAAGAACUGGCACUUACAUAUCAGCAAACAAAUUAAAAACUGGAUUAUUUCACUCACUCCCCAGUGGAGACUUUAUUAGCAGUGCUGGCCCACAAGUAAUUGUUUCUUUUAUUGUAAAAAGAUUAAAUAUUACUGUUGCCUUAUUUUAUUUCCACAUGUAUGCCCCAAUAUUGGGGGACAAUUGCAAAAGUGUCAGUCAAAAAUCAUUAGCCAAAUGUAAUAAUGAAAUAAUAUUCCAUCUUUUUAAGCCUAUAUUUUCACAUUUCAUUAUUAUUUCAAAUAUCAAUAUUUUAUUUUCAGGGUUUUUUUUAUAGAUCAUAUCAGCAAUGUGUCAUGGUAUGGGCAUUUAUUUAAUUAACUUAAAUAGCAAACUGCCGCACGAUAAGUGCAGAUAUACUGUAGUACUGCUAUUAACUGGGAGGUCAAAGAAUAUGUUGUUUUAGCCAGCAGGUUAAAGGACUGAUAGUGUGUGUGCGUGAUAUAGAAAGUAACAGCAGUUAGUUAAAGUUCUGCGUAAACAAGUAGGAGAAAUAAAUAUUGGGAUGAGCACUGUUUGCAAGCCAUGUGGUGAGUGCAGUGCAUACAGCAUGACUUCAACACUGCCAGAUUUAUGGGUUACUUUGCCACUGAGGUUAACUUUACUCAAAACAAAAUCUAUAUUUCCUCAUAACGCUGAGAUAAAAGGAAGAUAAUGGGUAUGAUAUAUUAAUCAUAUUCAUUUGGACAGCAUUAUGAAUGUUCUAUAUCCGUGCCCCUAUAUUGUAACAUAGAUAUGGUCAUUACAGAAAGUGCUAAAUGUCUUUCAAGCAGGUGCAGAUGUAAAUUCAAAUGGUGCAUUUUGAUUUCAGGAAUUCUAUGAACACUGCAUGAUUUUCUUAAAUUAUUGAAAAGGUUUAACUUAUUUUGAUGGGCUUGUUUUGUCCCAUGUUAAGUUCAGCAAUACUUCCUAAGAGAAGUGCUCAAAUAAAAUUGACAGCUUUGAGUACAUGACAUUUCAUCUUGACUUUGUUUUGGUAGCAAAUUAUGGGUCCGAACAUUAGGUAUCUUAAACCAGGAUUACAGCAUCAUAUUACUGAUGAUUUGUCUUCAUAAGUGGUUUCAAUGUGAUGUUUGUGAGCUUGAGAUUUUUUUAGACUUAGACUGAGCACCUGCCAGUCUGAACAUCUGUGUAAGCUUUUGGUUUCUUUGACUACUAUCCACGUAUUCAAACAUCUUUUGAAAGUGCCUUUAAAUGCUUUUUUUUUGGAUCAAUGAAAAACAAACUUUUAUCAGGUACUCUACUCUGCUUAAAUGAUUCUGGCUGCCCCUCCUUAUUUCCACAAUAUAGCAAUCUCUAUUUAUGACCAAGUUUCUUUAUAAUUUGAUUCAGGUUGAACAAAAUAGAUUUUUGAAGUCUAUAAUUUGUUAUGAUGUAUAUAUUUUGUAUCUGCUAUUUUAGGAUACAAUCCAUUGAUUGUUCUUGGAUGUAUAAAGAUUUUAAACUUUUUUUAAUUGCAAAGACUGUUUAUUUUUUUUAUUUUUUUGGCAAAGUCUAAGAAGGAGCAAAUUAUACAAUAUUGUUACAGUCCACACUGUCAUCACUUUCUCCAGCCAAGAAAGCAGCUCAGUGGAGUAUGUGCCAGUGAAUUAUUGCAAUACUUUUUAUAUAUAUAUAUAAACACACACACAACUAUUUUGACAUGAAGAUGUAACCUAAAUAAAUAAUAAAACCAAUGAUUAAAUGUGCUAGGAAGCCAUGUGACCCUCACAGAGCAAAUAAAAGUUUUGUGUUGAAUA